AUGGCGCCCCUCGUCGACAACCCGCAAAUCAAGCACGCCGAGCUGCUGCGCCCGUUGUCUUUUCACUUUCACGCCUACAUUUGGCCCUUCACCAUCAUAUGGCCUAUCUUCUUCGCCUUCUACUUGAGCCCCGAUCUCUACGAAAAGUACAUCGGCGCUGAGGAAUGGACUGUUGUCUGGGUUGGCACUAUCAUUACUCUGCAGUCGCUCGUCUGGCUCAGCACCCACUGGAGUGUCGACCUUGAGGGCAAAUUCACCGCUUCAAAGGCCAAGGAUGUCGAGGAUGCCCUGCUGAUCAAGGUCAUCCCCAUUGCAAACGCUGGCACUGCCGAGAUUUGCAAGGUUAUUCGUGAUAAGGCUGGUGGCAAGCUCAACACUUCGUUCCUCUUCCAGAAGCGUCGUUUCCUCUAUGACACCGCUACCAAGUCAUUCAGCACCCUCAAGUACGAUAUCGAUGUCGAGCCUAAGCCUACCAUCGGCCACUUCCAGUCCUCCAAGGGUGUUCAGACCCAGACCGAGUUGUCACGCAUUGAACAGCACUAUGGCACCAACACCUUCGACAUCCCCGUUCCUACCUUCACCGAGCUCUUCAAGGAGCAUGCCGUCGCCCCGUUCUUCGUCUUCCAGAUCUUCUGUGUUGGACUUUGGAUGCUUGACGAGUACUGGUACUAUUCGCUUUUCACUCUAUUCAUGCUCGUUGUUUUCGAGAGCACUGUCGUUUGGCAGCGCCAGCGCACCCUCAAUGAGUUCCGUGGCAUGAGCAUCAAGCCCUACGAUAUGUGGGUGUUCCGUCUGGGCAAGUGGACCGAGGUACAGAGUGACCAGCUCAUUCCUGGUGACCUCGCCUCUGUCAACCGAACCAAGGAGGACAGCGGUGUUGCUUGCGAUAUGCUUUUGGUCGAGGGUACUGCCAUUGUGAACGAGGCUAUGCUCUCUGGUGAGAGUACCCCUCUCCUCAAGGAUUCAAUCCAGCUUCGCCCCGCCGAUGCUCCUCUGGAUGCUGAAGGUCUCGAUAAGAAUGCUUUCCUGUGGGGUGGUACCAAGGUUCUCCAGAUCACUCACGGAAACCCCGAUCAGGAGAAGCCCAAGCUCGCCUCUGGUGUUCCCCCUCCCCCGGAUAACGGUGCCAUGGCUAUCGUCAUGAAGACCGGUUUCGAGACUUCUCAGGGUAACCUGGUCCGAACCAUGAUCUACUCCACCGAGCGAGUUUCUGCAAACAACGCCGAGGCUCUCUUCUUUAUUCUGUUCCUCCUGGUAUUCGCAAUUGCUGCCGCCUGGUAUGUCUGGGACGAGGGUGUUCGCAAGGACCGCAAGCGUUCCAAGCUUAUGCUCGACUGUGUCUUGAUCGUCACCAGUGUCGUUCCUCCUGAGCUUCCUAUGGAGUUGAGUCUGGCUGUCAACACUAGUUUGGCAGCUCUGGCCAAGCUAGCUAUCUUCUGUACCGAGCCUUUCCGUAUUCCUUAUGCUGGUCGUGUUGAUGUGGCUUGCUUCGACAAGACCGGUACUCUCACCGGCGAGGAUCUCGUUGUCGAAGGUAUCGCUGGUGUUGGUCUCGGACAUGAAGAUGAGAUCAAGGAUAUCAAGGAAUCUGAUGGUGCUCACUCAACCAUGACUGCUGUCACCGAGGCUUCACUGGAAACCAAGUUGGUUCUUGCCACCGCCCACGCCCUGGUCAAGCUUGAUGAGGGAGACAUCGUUGGUGACCCCAUGGAAAAGGCUACUCUCACCUCUCUUGGAUGGACUCUGGGCCGCAACGAUACUCUCAUGAGCACCAACAAGGCUGGAAGCACACACGGCACCGUUCAGAUCAAGCGCCGAUUCCAGUUUUCUUCGGCCCUUAAGCGCCAGAGCUCUGUCGCCAUGGUUCACGGCAACGAUAUCAAGACUGGCCACAAGGUUAAGGGCACUUUCGCUGGUGUCAAGGGUGCGCCCGAGACAAUCCAGAAGAUGCUCAAGGUUGUUCCUGAUGACUACGAGGAGACUUACAAGUACUUCACUCGCAAGGGUUCUCGUGUUUUGGCUCUCGCUUACAAGCAACUCACUAUUGAUACUGAGCUUGGCUCCGGCAAGAUCAACGAUCUCAAGCGUGAGAAGGUUGAGUCCGACUUGACAUUCGCUGGUUUCCUCGUUCUGCACUGCCCUCUCAAGGAUGAUGCCAAGGAAGCUGUCCAGAUGUUGAACGAGAGCAGCCACCGUGUCGUCAUGAUUACUGGAGACAACCCUCUCACUGCUGUACACGUCGCCCGUGAGGUCGAGAUUGUCGAUCGUGAUGUCCUCAUCCUCGAUGCCCCUGAAGACAACUCAGAUGGUGAGAAGCUCGUCUGGAGAAGCGUCGAUGAUAAGGUCAGCAUCAAGGUCGAUCCCACCAAGAACAUUGACCCCGAAAUCAUUCGUUCCAAGGAUAUCUGUGUUACUGGUUAUGCCCUUGCCAAGUUCAAGGGUCAGGUCGCUUGGAACGAGAUUCUCCGCUACGCUUGGGUCUACGCCCGUGUCUCCCCUAAGCAAAAGGAGGAUAUCCUCCUCGGUCUUAAGGAUAUGGGUUACUACACUCUCAUGGCUGGUGACGGUACCAACGAUGUUGGUGCUCUCAAGCAAGCUCACAUCGGUAUCGCUUUGUUGAACGGAACUCCAGACGACCUCGUCCGUAUUGCUGAGCACUCCCGCAACACCAAGAUGAAGGAGAUGUAUCAGAAGCAGAUUGAUCUCAUGAAACGUUUCAACCAGCCCGCUCCCCCUGUUCCUGCCAUGAUUGCCCACUUGUACCCCCCUGGUCCUCAGAACCCUCAGUUCCAGAACGCUAUCGAGCGUGAGGCUAAGAAGAAGAACAUCACUCCUGAGGAAUACGCCAAGUCUCAAGGCCACGAUCUCGAAACCAUCACCUCCCCUGGCGCACAGGCUAUCAUCAAUGCAGGCCCUCAUGCUGCUCGUCAAACUGAGGCUGCUAAAAAGGCCGCUGGCUUCGCUGACAAACUCGCAUCUGGCAUGAUGGAGGCUGAAUUGGGAGACGAUGAGCCACCUACUCUGAAACUUGGUGAUGCCUCUGUUGCUGCUCCCUUCACUUCCAAACUCCGAAACGUCGUUGCAGUGCCCAACAUCAUUCGUCAAGGUCGCUGCACUCUCGUCGCCACCAUCCAGAUGUACAAGAUUCUCGCUCUCAACUGUCUUAUCACCGCUUACUCCUUGUCCGUUCUAUACCUUGAGGGUAUCAAGUUUGGCGACACCCAGUACACCAUCAGUGGUAUGCUCAUGUCUGUUUGCUUCCUCAGCAUCUCGCGCGCUCGUGUUGUCGAGGGUCUGAGCAAAGAACGUCCUCAGCCCAACAUCUUCAACGUCUACAUCAUUGGUUCCAUCUUGGGACAGUUCGCUGUUCACAUUGUGACUCUGAUCUACAUUGCCCGCCUUUGCGAUAGACUUGCCCCUCGUUCUGACGAUGUUGAUCUUGAGGCUGAGUUCGCCCCCUCUCUGCUUAACUCUGCUGUCUACCUCCUCCAGCUCAUCCAGCAAAUCUCCACCUUCGCCAUCAACUACCAAGGUCGUCCCUUCCGUGAGUCUCUCUCCGAGAACAAGGGAAUGUUUUACGGUAUUCUCGGUGUCUCUGGUCUGGCCUUUGCCUGUGCUCUCGAGCUCUUCCCCGAUAUCAACGAGGGUAUGAAGCUCGUCCCCUUCUCGGAUGAGUUCAAGACCAACAUGACCGCCGUCAUGGUCGUUGAUUACGCCGCUUGCUGGAUCAUUGAGGUCAGUCUCAAGAAGUUCUUCAGCGACUACCGCCCUCGUGAUAUCGCCGAGCGACGUCCCGAGCAGCUCGAGAGGGAGGCCGUUCGUCGCGCCGCUGUGCAGAAGAAGAAGGACGAAGAGGAGGAGAAUAAGAGACUCGAGAAGGUUGCCGAGUUCGAGCGCAAGGUUGAGGAGCGCAGGAGAAAGAUCGAGGAGUGGAGAGCUGCAAGAGCUUAG